UCAGCUAAACCAGAGUGAGACCAGUGAUUGUGUUUUUUGCUAACUUGCGCUGUAAAGUUCAAUUUAUUUAACUAUUUAAGACUUUAAUGUUCUUGCAGCUGUAGGGGACCAAAACACGGAGUUUUGAAGACGCAAACGGAAACUACUUAAAAUGAGCCUACGUGAGCAGGAUGGUAGCAGGCCACCCAGCAGAGGUGAAGUGGAGGUCAGAGAGGAAGAGGAGGAUGCAGAGCGGAGAAUGGAAGAGGACCUCCCUUUAUUGGCCCUUGCACCUGAUGCUUCACUUCCAGAAGUGCAGCCUUCUGCCGCCAGCACUGAUGUCUCUGCGAGUCCUGUUUCCCAGUGCCUAGAUGAGUUGUUGUUGCUGGGCAAGAUCGACCAGACUAAGGCAGCCAGACUGAAAGCAAACUACAAACUGCUGCUUGACCGUCUGAAGCGAAGUCAGGACUCCGAGCUCCGGUGUUUGGGUGAGGCAAAGAGGUGUCGUGCUGAGCUGGAGCGGCUGCACACCGAGCUGGAGGGAGCAGAGGAGCAGAGCGCUUCAGACGAGCCUGAAAGUGAGGUCAAAGAACUGAGGCGACAGCUCCUUCAGGCAUACAAUGAACUGAAAGCCGCAGACAACGCGGCGUACGAGACGCAACACCGAGUCAAGUGUCUCUGGGAAGAGAAGCAGUACCUGGAGAAAGAGAAUGAGAUACAGCCUCCACCUGCUGAGCUGGAGAGCAGAACAAAAGCCCUACAAGACAAAUAUGAGGAUUUGAGGAAAGAGGUGGCCCAUAGACAUCUGGAAGUCAGGAGUCUCACUGAAGAUGUGGAAGCCCAUGAAAUUCAUAUACUGGAAGAACAGAAGGAACUGGAGGACCAGAAGGAGAUCAUAGAGCUCAAAGAGGCCGAGAAAGCGCAGCUCAUUGGCGUACCAGGCCAGAUUCUACAGAAGAUUGAAAGGAAACGCUGUAAAAAUGAGGCGGCAGCGAAGACGGUAGAAGCGCUAAACUCCGAGAUUUCGGAAAUGGAGCAGCAGCUGAAGAAGGUGGAGGUGUGUAACCGCUCCCUCGGGGCGCAGAAGGAGGAGGCCACGCAGAAGCUGCAGGCUCUCCAGGCCCGAGUAGAAGCCAGUCAGGUGCUGAGCAGGCAGCUACUCAAAGAGCAGGAGGUCAACAAGGAGGAGCAGAAUGAAAUCAUUGGCACCAGAGGUAUCCUGGAAAUGAAGCUGCAGAACAUCACGUGUGACAGGAAGCACCUGUACGAGAGGCAAUCUGUGCAACUCAGAGAAAAAAAUAGGCAGAUGCAAGCCCUGAAGAGGAUGGAGCAUGCGUUGGCCAUCGCCACUGAGCAGCAAGAACACACGCAUACUAUCUACAAUGAGCUUCAGGCACAGUUGCACGCUGUUCCCAGAAGAGACACCAGUAUUCAACAGAGGAUGGAGCUUCAGAGAGAAGUGGAUGCUCUUAAAGUCGGCUUUGAAAAACAGCUGUUGGUGGCAGAGGAGGAGAGCCAGAAGAAGCAGCAGUACGGGGUGAUUCAGGAGCUGCUGAGGGAGUCGAACCAGCUCAGAGAGGAACUCCACAACCUCAGAUCUCUCACCAAGAUCAAAGCCGAGGAGAGGGGGCAGAAGCACCGUGACCUGCUCCGCGCUGAGCGACUGCACCAGCUCACCCAGCACGAGCUGCUAGAGAAAGACCUGAUCGUCAUGGACCAAAACAAACUGAGCACGAUGCUGCAGCGCAGAAUAUUACAGUAUUCUAAACUGUGUGACAUGAUCGUGGAGGAGAAGAUCAAGUACAUGAAGCUGAGGCAGAUUGCCUCAGAAAGGAUCAGAGAGAUGAAGGAGCAGCUUAGGGUCCUGGAAAACGAGAUGGACAUCCAACGCGCAAUUGCUGUCAACAAGGACAGAUUGCUCACAAAGGCUCGUAUGAAGCUCUCCAACAGCUCCAAAACGAGGGACAAGCUGCGCAACGACAUCUCCAAGGUUGCGUGGAAGCACCGUCAGAUCGGUGAGCAGACUGAGGACAACAAACUGGAUUUGGUGAAACUCACAAAAAUGAUCAACCUCCAGGAGCAGGCGCUGCUGGAGAUGAACAAGAAUCACGAGACGGCCGUACAGCGUCGCAAUUUCCUAGGCAUUCAGCUACUGGAGCAUGAGGAGGUGUUGUGCAGCUACCACGAGAAGGUGAAUGUCCAAGAGGCAGCGAUCACCAAGGGCAACAUUGAGCUGGAGUCGAUGGAGAAGGAGAUGAAAGACUUGCAGUCAGCCAUUAAUGAGGAGAGGAGACAGAUAGAUGUGAAGAAGAAGGAGGUGCCUGUCAGCAGAAAGCUGGAAGAAGAGAUCACCGUGUUGCAGAUAGAGCUUUCAGAAGCCAGAGACAAGACGGUUGAAUGUCUGGAUCGAACCAUGGAUUACAAAGAGAUAAAAGGCAACGACCCAUCGACUGUGGAAUUGGUCCAGAAAAUUGAGCAGCUCGAGUUGAUUCUCGCCGAACGAGAGAGGCAGCUGCUGGAGAAACAGCUGCUCGUGGACCAGGUGACCCGACUGUCAAAGCCGCUCAGCGAGCAAGCUGAGAACUGCCGGGAGGACAGACUCUCCGUGAGAAAGAAGCUGAACGAUCUCCGAACCCAUAUAAUCAACGCCAACCGCCGCCUGAUGGCUGUUUCUGCAGAGCUUUCCGUGAAGCAGGCUGUCGCUUUGUCUCAACAACAAGGGAUCAAAGAGCGAGAGCUCCAGAUGGACAUGUGCCAGCGGCGGCUGGAGCAGGGCCUGCCACCUUGUCCUGAAAUGGAGGAGACGUGGAGGAAGAUGCUCCGGGACAAGAGAAGGAGACAGAGAGACAAAGCGGAGAAAGACAGGCUCGCUGAAGAAGACGAGUGGAACCAGUUGCCAAACGGAGAAUACACCACGGCUGAAUCCCGUCCUAAUGCGUACAUCCCCCGGACCGACGCGCUCCCUCUGCCCAAACCUUACGGCGCUCAGACCCCGUUCAAACCUCCCCCACCGGGAGCCAACAUGAGGCACUUCCGCAAGCCAACGCUCAAACCCUUAGAGAUACAGCAGACAAUGUAAAUACGUGUGUGCCGUCGCGAUGACGUGGGUGCAAACCGAAAUCCAUCACCCGCCUCUCGGCUGCUGCUGCUGCUGCUGCUGCUGCUUCUGCUUCUUCUUUUUUGUUUUGUGUGUAUAUUUGUGUCCUCACCACGCAGCGUACCACUAAUGUUUUGUUGUGUGUGUAUUUGUAGACAUGUGGUUUUCGUUUUCUUUGCUUCUUUUUUUUCUUUUUCUUGCAUUUACUGGCAAGAGUUUGUUUACAGUCAGCUCACGGUAACAACAAGAGUGCAAAGCGGGUCAGCGGCGAGAUGACAAUUUGUGAUUAUUGCUGCGCGAAGCCUGUCAGUGACGACGUUUUACAUUCAUCUCCUUAUCUGAGCCACUUAUUAUCAUCACCUCGCUGAGGUUUCCCUCUCGUGGAUUCAUUACAGGUUAUUCCUCCGUAUCCUUCAGG